AUGUCAAAUUUGUCAAAUUUGUUAGAAGAUGCUCUGAAAAAUCGAUUAAUUACAUCAUUUGAUUAUAACUUAUUUGAUAGAGUUACGCCGAUUGGGAAAGGAGGAUUCGGUCAAGUUAUGCGCGCUUAUUCGAAACGUUUAGAAAAAGAUGUUGCAUUAAAAAGUUUAUUCAGUGUAAAUAAUAAAGAUUUCGUGAAAGAGUUGCAGAAUUUUAAUUCUGUCAACCAUCACGAUAACAUCAUUAAGUUUUUCGGCAUUAGUAAAGAUACAUAUUACCUAGUAUUACAAUAUGCCAAAGAUGGUGACUUAAGAACUUUCUUACGAGAUAAUUUUAAAAACCUUAAUUGGGAAGAUAAAAUUAAUAUGGCUAAAGAUAUCGCAAGAGGUUUAAAGUGUAUUCAUGAUGCAAAUAUUGUUCAUAGAGAUUUAGUAAGAUUAUCUCGAUUAUUAGAUACCAAUUCUAAUUCUUUUGUAGGAGGAAUGUUUGCAUAUUCUGAUCCUGAAUAUUUACGGAAUCCGGUGGUAUAUAAAAGGAGCAAAGCAUCUGAUAUUUACAGUUUAGGAGUCCUUUUUUGGGAGCUAUCAAGUGGUAAACCUCCAAGUUUAGAAAUAACUAAAAUAGUUAUACAUGGUAAAAGAGAAACACCCAUUAAUGGAACACCCGAGGAUUACAUCAAAAUUUAUUCAAGUGCAUGGAAUGAUGAUCCUAACGAAAGACCCACUAUAGAAAAUAUUCGCGAAUCCCUUGAUAAUAUUCAAUUUGAAAAUGUUUUUGAUGAAAAUAUUCAAUCUAUUCAAUCUGAUCAACCAGAAGAUAACAUUAAUGACCAACCUAAUACUGUUAAUGUUAAAGAGGAAUAUAAAGAAGAAGAUUUUGUAUCAAAUGCAAAUGAAUUUAGCGAUCAAACAACAUAUGGUUUAAAAUAUUGGGAAAGAACCGUUAACCAACCUCGAGUUUCUACCGAUAACAAUGAUCUUAUCGAAGAGCAAAGCAAUAUUCCACUGUCAAAUGAUGUAAAUAUAAAUGAUAUAUCAGAGAUCACAGAAGUUGGCCGAUCUUCUCCAAAUUCCAUCAAUAAUCAUGUGUCAAUUGAUCAAACUCUAACUGAUUUAUCAAAUUGGGAAAUUACAGGUAUUUAUAAUUUAAAUAUCCACGAAAAUAAUACGAGUGCUUCCUAA